CUUCGGCCCCAAAGGGGUGAGGGUGGGGCACGAAAAAAGGACCGGGCCUGCUGCCUCACUGUGGCCCGCCUCCUCAAUCCCCAGGGAGUCGCAGGGGCUCGUAGGGGGCUGGGGUCCCGCCAUCGUGUUCCCCUGGCCUGUGCGGUGCUUCUUGGUAGGCGCUGCGCUGCCGGGGCCCGGCGGGCUGGGGGCGGGUCCCUGGCUCUGGCACAGUCACCCCCAGCCGGACGCAGCGGACUGUCACUGUCCUCUGCCGCGCGCCAGGCACAGCAUGGGGAGGCGCUGCUGGCGGCGGCGCGGGCUGGUGACCGCCUGUCUGGGCACCGCGCUCCUUCUGCUCCUGUGCGCCGCUCCUCGUGCCCUGGGCCCAGCAUUUGGAAACAGAGCCUUGGGCUCCAGCUGGCUUGGUGGGGAGAGGAGAAGCCCCCUGCAGAAGCUCUACGAUCUGGACCAGGACCCGCUGGCGGCCCUGGCCGAGGUGCACCGGCAGCGGCGCGACCUGCUGAGCAGCGCCUGUAGCCGCCACACACGCCGGCAGCGCCUGCUGCAGCCCGAAGACCUGCGGCACGUGCUGGUGGACGACACUCAUGGCCUGCUCUACUGCUACGUGCCCAAGGUGGCCUGCACCAACUGGAAGCGCGUGCUGCUGGCGCUGAGCGGCAAAGCCCGCGGCGACCCGCGCGCCAUCCCCGCACACGAGGCGCACGCGCCCGGCCGCUUGCCCUCGCUGGCCGACUUCAGCCCCGCCGAGAUCAACCGCCGCCUGCGCGCCUACCUGACCUUCCUGUUCGUGCGGGAGCCCUUCGAGCGCCUGGCGUCCGCCUACCGCAACAAGCUCGCGCGCCCCUACAGCGCAGACUUCCAGAGGCGCUACGGCGCACGCAUAGUGCAGCGCCUGCGGCCGCGCGCGCUCCCCGUCGCCCGGGCCCGCGGCCACGACGUGCGUUUCGCCGAGUUCCUGGCCUACCUGCUGGACCCGCGCACGCGGCGCGAGGAGCCCUUCAAUGAGCACUGGGAGCGUGCGCAUGCGCUCUGCCAUCCGUGCCGCCUCCGCUACGACGUAGUAGGCAAGUUCGAGACACUGGCGGAGGACGCGGCCUUCGUGCUGGCCCUGGCGGGCGCGCCCGGCCUGAGUUUCCCCGCGCCGCCCCGGCCCCGGGCGGCCGCUGCCUCCCAAGACCUGGCAGCCCGCCUCUUCCGGGACAUCAGCCCCUUCUACCAGCGGCGCCUCUUCGACCUCUACAAGAUGGACUUCCUGCUCUUCAACUACUCUGCCCCCUCCUAUCUGCAGCUGCACUAGAGGUCCUGGAGGGCCUGUGGCCACGCAGGGCAAAUGCCUUUCCAACAAGACCCUGGAGGUUGCAGGUGCUGCCGGCUCCAGGACCCCUUUUCAAGAGCUACUGCAUGCAGUCACCUGGCCACUGGCCCAGUGGGCACAGGACACACCUCAGGUGGCCCUACAUGCAUGUGCCUGCCUUGGCCUGUCGCUUGAGGCCUGCUUCCUCCACCUGCUCCGGCUGACAGGCACCUCCCCAGUCCCCAUUGAUGGGCAAGGACUUGGUAACCAGGGUUUUAGGCUUUUAAAGGCCAUGUUUGGGGGUCAGCUGUGUCCCUGAACCUGUUCAUGGUUCAUCAGAACAGAAUACCGAUACUGGUGUCAGUGUGGCCCGAGCCAGUGCCCUCCCCACCUCUCCCACCCUGGCAAGGACAGCUGUGGCCAAGGGCGAAAGCCCUCACUUGGCUGGCCUCAUGAUGGGGCCUUCCCUGGAGCCAGCUGGGUGCUACCUUUCAUUGCUAUUGGGCCUCCUCUCAUUUCCCACGUGGCUGGCACUGCCCAGACGCCACCUUAGGUCUCAGUCUGGCAAGAUGCUGAGUCUUCAGUCUCCAUGCCAACAGAGCCGCUGGUGCAAUGUGAUAGAAGGUUUUAGGGGACUUUGGUGAGCUGGGCAGUUAUGGUUCUGAAAUAAACGUAUUUUGUUACUUUUUGA